GCGCGGCGCGCAGCUACGCGCACUUCCUCUCCAGGAGUCCGCGGAGGGAGCGCAGACUCGAGGAGCUCCUGGACGCGGAGGCCGUGCCCUUGUCACUCCGAGCAGACAUGUCCGAACAAAGUAAGGAUGUGUGCGACCCCAACUUUGCAGCCGAGGCCUCCAACUCCGAGGUGUGCGGCAGCCCCGGGGUUCCUGGGGGGCCCCCAGCGCCCGCGUCUCAGGCCGCGACCCUCGCGGGGCUGGACAGCCCUCCUCCAGGCCCCAGCGACGCCCCUCCAGCCUCGCCGCCGCCCCAGCCCCCGAGCGAUGAGGACGACCCGAAGGCGCUGCAGCAGGCCGCGGAGGAGGGCUGCGCGCACCAGGCCCCGAGCGCGGCCCAGCCCGGCCCCGCGCCGCCCGCCCCGGCCCAGCUGGUGCAGAAGGCGCACGAGCUGAUGUGGUACGUGCUGGUCAAGGACCAGAAGAGGAUGAUCAUCUGGUUCCCAGACAUGGUGAAGGAUGUCAUUGGCAGCUACAAGAAGUGGUGCCGCAGCAUCCUCAGGCGCACCAGCGUCAUCCUCGCCCGCGUCUUCGGGCUCCACCUGAGGCUGACCAGCCUGCACACCAUGGAGUUUUCGCUGGUCAAAGCGCUGGAGCCAGAGGAGCUGGAAAGGGUGGCGCUGAGCAACCGCAUGCCCAUGACAGGCCUCUUGCUAAUGAUCCUGAGCCUUAUCUACGUGAAGGGUCGCGGCGCCCGGGAGAGUGCCGUCUGGAACGUGCUGCGCAUCCUGGGGCUGCGGCCCUGGAAGAAGCAUUCCACCUUUGGCGACGUGAGAAAGCUCAUCACCGAGGAGUUCGUCCAGCAGCACUACCUGAAGUACCAGCGCGUGCCCCACGUGGAGCCACCCGAAUACGAGUUCUUCUGGGGCCCCCGUGCCAACCGGGAAAUCACCAAGAUGCAGAUCAUGGAGUUCCUGGCCAGGGUCUUCAAGAAAGACCCCCAGGCCUGGCCUUCCCGAUACAGGGAAGCUCUGGAGGAGGCCAGGGCUCUGCGGGAGGCCGCCCCCCCUGUCCCCUGCCCCCGCAACAGUGUCUCCGAGGACUAGCGAGGUCUGGAGGGAGACGCCUGGUUUCUGACCCUCACCAGGGUGGUGGAGGGUGGGGUGGGACAUUAGAGUAUUAAGGAUUUCCAGUGCAGUAUUUCACGUGUAACUUUUAAGUUUUCAGUACCGUGCUUUUAUACCUUUUAAUGCAAUGUUGUAUUCAUCUCCGUACUAUUCCGUAGUAUGUAGGGUUUCUGCAAGUUUGUUUAUAAGUAAGCUCUGUUGGUGCUUUCGCUUUUGUGCUACCUUUCUUGAAUUUUUGUACCAGAGACGUGCUAAACUGAUGAAAUACAUUGAGAAAAUUUCCAUCUUAUUCUUUUAUAUGGGACGGAUGAUGUAUGUGUAUUGGGUAGACUGCUCCUGGAGAGUUUGAAAGGACUCAACAGCAAAGCCUAACCAAGAGAGAAGUCAAGGUCCCUUCUGUUUUGACCUCACCGAGCACAGGAGACAUCCGUGUGGAGUGUGGUGACAUGGACUGAGAUGGUCUCACUGUGGGCACUUGGCACAGUUUACUAAACACAGGUUCCAACCCCACCAUGAGUAAACUUUAAACAGUAAAGAUUCUUGUGAUACAAUCA